AUGGAUCAGCGCCAGGUGGUUAGCGAGAAUUAUGCCAACCCCAUUACAUGCUUCUUCCAUGUGCUAUUCAAGGCGGGGGCGCUGGCCUUCUACAUCCUUUUCUCGCUCUUUGUGAAGAGCUUCGUCAUCAUCUUCGUGAUCACGGUGCUCCUCGCAGCGCUCGACUUCUGGGUGGUGAAGAACGUCAGUGGCAGGAUAUUAGUGGGGCUGCGGUGGUGGAAUGAGAUUGACGACGAAGGAAACAGCGUGUGGAAGUUUGAGUGCCUUGAUGGGGAGUCUCUCGCUCGGAUGAACAAGAAGGAUUCGUGGCUGUUCUGGUGGACUCUUUACUUGACUGCUGCUGCAUGGAUCGUUCUUGGUAUAUUUUCACUCAUCAGGCUUGAGGCUGAUUACCUUCUUGUUGUUGGAGUUUGCUUGAGUUUAAGCAUUGCAAACAUUGUUGGAUUCACCAAGUGCAACAAAGAUGCCAAGAAGAACAUCCAGACUUUCGCUCAAAAUGCACUCGCUUCCCGUGUCACAUCGUCGCUGCAAUCAGCAUUCGGAAUCAUCUGA